AAUGUAAUAACCUAAUGAAUAAUUUGAUAUACAAAACCAUUAUGUAGUAUUUGAUUUCUUAAAUAUUAUUCAUAGGAUGUCCAUUAAUAAGAACAUAUGAAAAAAUUGAAAGAGAAAUUAGUUGAAUUGAAAGAGGAAAUAAUGUAGAUGCCUAAAGGUAUUAAAUUUUUUUAGAAACAGAUCCUGAGCUAUUCAAAAAUCACUAAUUACCAUUAGCUAGAGUUAAGAAAAUAAUGAAAUCAGAUGAAGAUGUCAGAGUAUUGUUUUCUAUUUAUAUUGUUAGAUGAUUGCUUAAGAAACACCAGUUCUAUUUGCAAAAGCAUGCGAAAUUUUCAUUAUUGAAUUAACACAUAGAGCAUGGUAAUUCACUGAAGAUGGAAAAAGAAGAACACUUUAAAAGACUGACAUUGCAACAUGCAUUUACAACACAGAAAUCUUUGACUUUUUGAUGGAUAUCAUUCCUAAAGAUGAAAUUAAGUCUAAUCAAGUUCCUAUCAAAAAACCUUAAGGAUAAGAUGGAUAUUUCUCUAAUGUUAGUCAACAUGUAAUUCAUAUAUAAUUUUAUAGCUUAUACAAUAAGUAUAAAUGAGUUAAUAGAGACAAGGAUAAUAAUUUCCAUUAACUAAUUUCAGUCAAUAUUUGGGUAGCGGUUAAAGAUGAC